UAUUUUUAUAUCGUCGGUUUCAAGCUGCAUUUGCCACAGCAGGUUCAGAUCUGUAGCUCGAGACACCUUCGGAGGAUUAGGGCGAAUAGAUUAAGGCGGAGAUGGUGGGAAGCGUAGGGAAUGGCUCGAUGGAUCUGAGGGAGAGGGAGAAGGCGGUGCCGUUGCCCAAAGAGUUCGAGCGCGAGGAGAUGGUCGAUGCCCUGACGCCGCUGCGCCCCGACACAGUUGAAGAAGAGGAGAAGGGGAGAACCAGAGAAAUAGUGCUGGGGAGGAACGUGCACACAAUGUGCCUCGAGGUUAAGGAACCAGAGGACGACGAUGAGGUCACUGGAGAUAGGGAAGCUUAUAUGGCUAGUGUCCUAGCGAGGUACAGAAGAUCCCUCAUCGACAGGACCAAGCACCAUCUAGGUUAUCCAUACAACUUGGACUUUGAUUAUGGUGCUCUUAGCCAUUUGCAACACUUUUCCAUCAACAACCUAGGUGACCCAUUCAUUGAGAGUAAUUAUGGUGUCCAUUCUAGGCAAUUUGAAGUUGGAGUAUUGGAUUGGUUUGCCCGUCUAUGGGAAUUGGAAAAGAAUGAAUACUGGGGUUACAUUACAAACUGUGGCACUGAAGGAAAUUUGCAUGGUAUUCUUGUCGGGAGGGAAGUUUUUCCCAAUGGUGUUUUGUAUGCCUCAAAGGAAUCUCAUUACUCAGUUUUCAAAGCUGCAAGGAUGUAUAGAAUGGAAUGUGUGAAGGUCGCCACUCUGGUAUCUGGUGAAAUUGAUUGUGCAGAUUUUAAAGCUAAAUUAUUUCAGAACAAGGAGAAGCCAGCCAUUAUCAAUGUCAACAUUGGAACCACUGUCAAAGGGGCUGUUGAUGAUCUCGAUCUAGUCAUACAAACUCUUGAAGAAAAUGGCUUUAAAGAUCGGUUCUACAUCCAUUGCGAUGGUGCUCUCUUUGGGCUCAUGAUGCCAUUUGUCAAACGUGCACCUAAAGUGACAUUCAAGAAACCUAUCGGAAGUGUCAGUGUCUCAGGUCACAAGUUCGUGGGCUGUCCGAUGCCUUGCGGCGUGCAAAUUACAAGGUUGGAGCACAUCAACGCCCUCUCCAGCAAUGUCGAGUAUCUUGCUUCCAGGGAUGCCACCAUUAUGGGAAGUAGAAAUGGUCAUGCCCCAAUCUUCCUCUGGUACACCCUGAACAGAAAAGGUUACAGAGGCUUCCAGAAGGAAGUUCAGAAAUGCUUAAGGAAUGCUCAUUAUCUGAAAGACCGUCUGAAAGAGGCAGGGAUUAGCGUGAUGCUUAAUGAGCUUAGUAGCACCGUUGUGUUUGAGAGGCCAAAAGAUGAGGACUUUGUUAGGCAGUGGCAACUUGCUUGUGAGGGAAAUAUCGCACAUGCUGUGGUAAUGCCUAAUGUCACCAUUGAGAAGCUCGACCAUUUCUUGGGCGAACUACUUGAGAAACGAUCACACUGGUAUCAGGAAGGCAAACUCUCACCUCCCUGUAUUGCUGCGGAGGUAGGCAAGAUCAAUUGUUUGUGCUCUCUGCAUAAGAAAUAAUGUCCUCCAUUGCUAGCCCUUGCGCAUGCUUUCCUGUUGUUAGCUAUCUAUUACUGCGAUAGCCUCCAUGUUUGGAAGACGUGUCUUGUGCAAGGAGAAAAAGAGAGGAACAAAUAAGUCUUCUAGGAAACUUUCCUAACCUGCCUAAGAUUGUUAGUUCGUUACUGCAGUUGCAACACCAUAUUUGGUUUGUUAGUUGCAGAAUGGCAUUUGGUAGUAUCGCCACCAUUUUACUUUGUUAUUCCUGUUUUUUUUGUCAAGAUAUUUUUGCACUUUUGCAAACUGUUUGUCAUUCAUAAAUUUUGAUUCGCUUAUAUCAUUCCGAGUUUGAUUAUUAA